AUGAUAGGAGGGAUUGUAGAGAAAAAAACGCAGAGCAGCCAGGCUAGCAGCAGCAGGUGUUGCAGGAAUCUUGAAGAAGGUAGGGAGAAAUGGGAUGCUUUGCUUGCUAAAGUGUCACAAGAAAUGGAAUCUAUGGAGAGUUGGGAGGUCAUAUAUUGCGAGAAAGAAGGCUGCUAUAGAGAUCCGGGAGGAGUGGGAGAGUUUAUUGAGUUGCCAAUCUGA